AUGAAUGGUAUAGUUCUUGCCAGGAAAAGCUCGGGUAUGGACAUUUUGACCAUUGAACUCCAAAACUUCCAAAGACUGCCAGAAGUCCUGUACCUGCAAUUGGACAAUUCUGGGAAGGACAACAAGAAUGCCUUUGUACUGAUGUUUAUGGCCUACCUUGUAAAGAUGAAGGUUUUCCAAAAGGUGAAAGUGGGCUUUCUGAUGGUUGGCCACACCCUCGAAGAUAUUGAUCAGGUCUUCAGCAGAGUUGCUUCAUGGAUACGACGGCGGGACAUGGGCACCCUGCAGGACUUGGUGGACAACCUCAGGGAUAGUCAGGAGCCAUCCCCUAUUGUGGAGCAACUAACAUGCUACGAUUAUAAGCAUAGCCUUGAAGGCUGCAGGGGCCUGAUUCAGGGUAUUGCAACCCCACACCAUUUCAUCAUGACAGAAGUGGAUGGGAAGGUGGCCCUGCGCUACCGUGACUGGCCAGGAUCACCAGACCACCAUCUUGACAUUGCUGGGUAUAUCCCACAGAACUUUGAUGCGGUUGGUGUCACCACCAAUCCCAAAGUUCUUGGCGAGAUACAGCAAAUGUCAGCUGACAUGGUGAAAUGGCAGGCAACAGGGAGGUUGUCAACAACUGCUGUUGAGUGGUGGACAAGGUACUUGGCAGGAGUGUCAGAUGAAAGGGAACCUUGUGUUCCCUUUGUUGAUACCCUUCCAAGGCAACAGCCAUGGUCACCUCCACAGCAGGAGUUAGCCACCUUUCUGUUGAGUGCUGCCCGGGGUCAGGCUGCACAUGUCAGCCGUCAAGUAUGCUUGAAAAUUAAGAAAAAAAAGGUGUAAUUAUUGUAAUAAUGAAAUUCCUCCAGCUCUCUCAUUUUGAAAGCUUUUAAUGCCACCAAAGGAGGGAAUAUAGUGUGAUAGUGAUCAUACUGUCCAUCCAUCUGUCUGUCACACUUUGCCUUAAGGGUUCGAAAAAUGAUCAUAACUUCUAUGUCACUUCAGAUAUAACCUUCAUAUUUUGUAUGCAUGUGUAUAUAGACAAGGCCGUUCCAUACGCAUACAAAUUUUGACCCCUGUUAUCUUGACCUUGAAGUAAGGGUCCGCAUUUAGGUUUCGAAAUCUGCAUUUGUUUUCGAAAAACGCUCAAAACUUCUAUAAAAGCGUUUUUCAUGGGCAUAUGUCAUCCUAUAGAAACAGCUCUUGUUUGCGUUACAUUGUUAAAUUCUGCAUACAAAACAGGUAUAAUAAUUGGGCAUUAAAGGGAUCUUUUCACGCUUUGGUAAAUUGACAAAAUUGAAAAAAGUUGUUUCAGAUUCGUAAGUUUUCGUUUUAGUUAUGAUAUUUGUGAGGAAACAGUAAUACUGAACAUUAACCAUGCUCUAAUAUAGCCAUUAUAUGCAUCUUUUGACGAUUUUAAAUCCUAAAAAUUAUAAAGCGUUGCAACGCGAAACGAUUGAAUAAUUUGGAGAGUUCUGUUUUUGUCGUUAAAUUUUGUGAAACUACGAAGAUUGCUUAUAUAAGGUAUAAAAUACGUCUAGAAUGUGUACUCGGCGGAAUAGCUCAGUUGGCUAAAGCGUUUUUACUUCAGGACUCUGGCAGGACUCCAGGGGUCACUGGUUCGAAACCUGCUCCGGGCAAUGUUCUUUUCCUUUUUUUAAUUUUUUUUCUUGAUUUUUUACUGGAGAUUUUAUGAUCCAAUGUUUACAUUUAUCAAUAUAAAGCAUUUAAUAAAUAAGUUAAAAAAAUGCCAAAAUCUGUGAAAAGGCCCCUUUAAAUAGUAAAAAUUUGUGGAAGUAGAUUAUCGCAUUGAAUCUGAAAUUUUCACUUACCGUAAUUAUAUAACUUAUAUACAAAUACAACUUAUGUUAAGAUUACCCUAAGAAGCUUUAUAAAUGUUAGUCCAGAUCGUCAUUGGAUGAUAGAUUUUGCAGUUGAUGCAUGCUGUCUUAUUUUUUAUGCUCAUAGUCGUAGCAUAUAGUCGCCGCUUCGUCUGUCCGUGUGUCCAUCCAUCCGUCCGUGCACAAUUGUUGUCCGGGCUAUUUCUCAGCAACUAAUGACCGGAAUUCAAUGAAACUUUAUGGGAAGCUUCACUACCAAGAGGAGAUGUGCAUAUUAUCAGCCGGUUCUGGUCGGAUGAUUUUUCACAGAGUUAUGGCCCUUUGAAGUUUUCCAUUAACUGUUCAUAUAGUUCAAUUCUUGUCUGGGCUAUUUCUCAGCAACUAAUGACCGGAAUUCAAUGAAACUUUAUGGGAAGCUUCACUACCAAGAGGAGAUGGGCAUAUUAUCAGCGGGUUCUGGUCAGAUGAUUUUUCACAGACUUAUGGCCCUUUGAAAUUUUCCAUUGUACAUAUAGUGUAAUUCUUGUCAGGGCUAUUUCUCAGCAACUCGUGGCCGGAAUUCAAUGAAACUUUAUGGGAAGCUUCACUACCAAGAGGAGAUGUGCAUAUUAUCAGCCGGUUAUGGUCAGAUGAUUUUUCACAGAGUUAUGGCCCUUUGAACUUUUCCAUUGUACAUAUAGUGCAAUUCUUGUCCGAGCUAUUUCUCAGCAACUUAUUACGGGAAUUCAAUGAAACUUUAUGGGAAGCUUCACUAUCAACAGGAGAUGUGCAUAUUAUCAGCCGGUUAUGGUCGGAUGAUUUUUCACAGAGUUAUGGCCCUUUGAAAUUUGAAAUUUUUAAGUUGCUAAACCAUCCAUCGUAUUAUUUUGUCCAAAGUUAUGCCCCGUAAGACGUUUCCUUUAUCUGAAUAUAUAGUGCAAUAUUGUGACAAAAAAACCUUUGUGGAGCAUCACCCGUCUCUGACGGUUUCUUGUUUGCAGCUGUUCAAAACUAUCAACAAUUUGAUAUUAAAACUUAAAUAUGAUGAAGUAAAGUGUUGUUAAAUGUAUAUACCUACACUGAACAAUUAUAAUGCACAAUUUUAAGGAUAAAAAUCAUUUGGUGUUUUAUAUGACAACUAAAUAUGUUAAUUUACUGUCAACUAAUAUGCCAACUUAUGUUUAUAAGACAUAUUUUCACUAUGAUUUUACUUUUCUUCUAGGAUCUUUUCACAUUUGUUUUUUUUUUGUGCAAAAUUUUAUUCAUUCUGUAUAAUAUUAUAUACAUACAUACAUGCAUACGUCGAAUAGUGUGUACAUUCAUACAAAGUAUUAUGAAUUUAAUAAAAACAAAGUAUUUCAUAUAGCUUUUUUGAUGGGUACAUAAAUAUAAUAAUUAUACUUUUCACAUUUCAUUAUGUAAUUUACUUACUUUGUUUUGCUUAGUUUUUUUAUUAUUUAUUUACAUUAUUAUAAAAAGUAAGUUAUUUUAGUUAAGGUGCUUGAUAAUAUAUGCAUGACAAUUUGCUUAUGAGCUCAACUGGCACAUAUUUUAUUAUAUUCUCUAAUUAUAAAAGCAGCAUUGUACAAAUUCGGCAUUAGAAGAUUAUUUAGAUUUUGAACACAUUUUGUGUUAUUAUGUCACAUUUAUGUUUGCUUAAGAUUUAAAAUAGUAUAUAUAUUGUCAGCAAAAGUAGAUCUAAACUGCGUUUACUUUACAUUCAACAAUUCUUUGUAUUGCCACACUGUGGUAAUUCAUUAACUUGUGCUGCAAAGCGUGUUUUACUUUAGAUUAUUUAAAUGGGUAAUAUGUCAAACAAGAUACAUUUCUAUUUUUGUUAUGAAUAUGCCAAACCAUUGCAUGCAUUUAUAUUGAUAAUAAA